AGGUCUGCCUUGUCCAUUUUGAGACCACACGUGAUUUAGUCUGGUUAAUGGUCAGCUUAUUAGAUAAUAGGCCUACUGGGAAGGACUCCCCAUGUUCUUCCAGUUAAUCUCCAGAAGAAUCCUGGGCUAGGGAGUGCAGUCCCCAUUUGAUAGAUCACCAUGACGACUGGACAGAAGUUGAUGAGAGCUAUUAGAGUUUUUGAAUUCGGUGGACCAGAAGUGCUGAAACUCCACUCGGACGUUGCAGUACCAAGUCCAAAAGACUUUCAGGUUCUAAUCAAGGUCCACGCCUGUGGUGUCAACCCUGUGGAGACAUACAUUCGCUCUGGAACUUACAGUAGAAAACCACUCUUACCCUACACUCCUGGCUCAGAUGUGGCUGGGGUAAUAGAAACUGUUGGAGAUAAUGUGUCUGCUUUCAAGAAAGGUGACAGAGUUUUCACGACCAGCACGAUUUCGGGGGGCUACGCAGAGUAUGCGCUUGCUGCAGAUCACACUGUCUACAAACUGCCUGAAAAACUGGACUUCAGACAAGGAGCUGCCAUCGGAAUCCCGUAUUUUACAGCUUACCGAGCUCUGAUCCACAGUGCCCGUGCGAAAGCUGGAGAGACUGUUCUGGUUCAUGGGGCUAGUGGAGGAGUUGGAAUAGCAGCAUGCCAAAUUGCACGAGCUUAUGGCUUGAAGGUUUUGGGCACAGCUGGUACCGAGGAGGGACAAAAGAUUGUUCUACAAAAUGGAGCCCAUGAAGUGUUUAAUCACAGAGAAGUUAAUUAUGUUGAUAAAAUUAAGAAAUCUGUCAGUGAGAAAGGAAUUGAUGUGAUUAUCGAAAUGUUGGCUAAUGUAAAUCUUAGCAAGGAUUUGAAUCUUCUGUCUCAUGGGGGAAGAAUAAUGGUUGUUGGCAGCAGGGGAACCAUUGAAAUAAACCCCCGGGACACCAUGGCAAAGGAGUCUAGUAUCAUAGGAGUUACCGUCUUUUCCUCAACCAAGGGGGAAUUUCAACAAUUUGCAGCAGCUCUUCAAGCUGGAAUGGAAGUUGGCUGGUUGAAACCUGUCAUAGGCCCUCAGUAUCCAUUGGAGAAGGUGGCCCAAGCUCAUGAAAGUAUCAUUCAGAGCAGUGGGGCCACUGGGAAAAUGAUUCUUGUCUUAUGAUGAUCAGUUCUUUCGUGGAUUUCCUGUGUAAUUAGAGGUUAUCUUCCCCCUCCAGUUUUACUUAUGCUCUUGUUUCUUUAAUUAACCUUCCUUUGAUUCAGUGAAUUUCUUAUGUGAAAAAACAAGAUUUUUCUUUAGCGAGCAGAGGCAGUUUAUUGAGAGGAAUAAUGUUUAUUUUAUAGCUGGCAGUAUUCCUUUUUUUUGGAGACAGAGCCUCAAGCUGUCACCCUGGGUAGAGUGCUGUGGCAUCACAGCUCACAGCAACCUCCAACUCUUGGGCUUAAGAGAUUCUCUUGCCUCAGUCUCCCAAGUAGCUGGGACUACAGGCGCCCUUCACAGUACCUGGCUAUUUUUUGGUUGUAUUUGUUAUUGUUGUUUUGGCAGGCCCGGGCUGGAUUCGAACCCACCAGGUGUAUGUGGCUGGUGCCUUAGCCACUUGAGCUAUAGGCUCCGAGCCAAUUGGCAGUAUUUCUUCAUGCCUUCUGUCUCAAAGCAGGGAGUCAGCAUAGUAGGAAACAGCCUGUUAGUGGUCAUUUGGCGUUGGGGUGCAUUCAGAAAUUCUGAUACUUGACUGAUUCCAUACCUUUCAUUAAAACAUGCUAAUUCAAAAUAAGACUGGUUGAUUUCCAUGGAUUUCUAAGCUUACCUUUAUAAAGGCUCAUUAGUCUCUGAUGAGCCUUAGCCGUAUUGGACCUCAGAGAUUUCUGGACUAAAAACCCCUUUUUAAAAAUUAAUUGUAUCUGGAUCUAUAAGACUCUUGGAAAGGCAAGAAUAAACUAUGUUUGGAGAAAUUUGUUAGUUUUCCCAGUAAUUUCAAAAAUAUUAGAAUAUUCAGUACAUUUUUGUUUGAUUGCCAAUGACCCCGUAUGUCUUGUAAGGACGGCAGCCUCGUCUUUGUUAUAAUGUGAUACUAGGCACGCAGUCUCCAAAUAGAUAAUAGUUUUUGACUGAUUAGAUUUUCAGAGUAGAUUUAGUGUUAUCUAUUUGUGAGACGGGGAUCAUAUAUUUAAAUUAAUAAGCUCACAAAUUUGACACAUUUAGAAUGGUCUGCUUUCGUUUUCACAUCAUGGUGACCUGCAAUAAAUUCUGAAGAAAAUUAAAAGCCUGUGUUUAUCUCGUGU